CGGGAUUUGAAACAAUGUUCUUAAGGAAUGCAACACCAAUUUUUCUUACUUUUUUUCUUCUUUUCUUUACUCUCUUAUCUUCACUGUCAAAAACCCUGAAAUAAAUUCAAAAUGAUCAAAGUUGGCGAUACGAUUCCCGAAGCAAUCUUGAACUAUGUUCCAUAUGAUGCUAAUGAAGCUCCUGACGCGUGUCCUAUCCCGGUUGCCUACGACUUGCACAAGGAAUUGAAGGGUAAAAAAGCUGUUAUCUUUGCCGUCCCUGGUGCUUUCACCCCAACUUGUAGUAUUUCUCAUGUCCCCGGAUUUAUCAAGUAUGCCGACGAGCUCAAAGCCAAAGGUGUGGAUGUGAUCCUAGGCACUGCUACCAACGAUGGAUUUGUCAUGCAUGCAUGGGCUAAACAACAAGGAACCAAGGACAAGGUAGUGUUAGCAAGUGAUGGUACUUCUGGUUUCUUUGAUAAACUUGGUUUGUCCCAAGACUUGACUGCAAAGGGAAUGGGUAUUCGGGCUCAAAGAUUUGCCUUGAUUUUGGAUGACUUGAAGGUAACAUACCUUGCUGUGGAUGAAGCUGGCAAGUUUGAAGGAUCUAGUGCCGAAGCUGUAUUGAAAGCUUUGAAUUAGUUUAGCUUUGGGAUAUAUUGUAGUUGUUUGUUUUUUUUUUUUUUUAUUUUCAUCUUUUUUUUGUUUUGUUUAUUUUUUAGUGUUUUUGUUUUUUUUGUCUUAAUCAAUAAUAAAA